UGGGAAGGCGGAGGCGCCCCGCUUGCGCCUCGCAGACUACAUUUCCCAUCCUGCCCUUGCACGGUCCUCGCGGCCACCCUUCUUUCCCUCGCCAAGAGAUGGCUAGGAAACGCCGAGAGUCCGGCGUGGAUCUCGGGGCGCGGAGCUCCUUCCUGGCAGGUGCAGCGCAGGGCGAUCCUCGAGGGCUGCGUCUGGAAGCGCAGCCAGAACUUUAGCCCGAAGUUCUGCUGCAGAGCGCGGCGCCACUUCCCGUCGAGGCGGAGAAAGGAAGCUGCGAGCCCCGACUCCGCAUUUGGAUGCCAUGGAGUCAACGGCAGGCAUAAUGAUGAACAAAGGACCAGAUUCUAGGAAAAGUGGGAUUACGGGCUUGCUUACAAAGCACUUUUGGAAGGCCUUACGCCUGUCUUCCCCCGUGGCACUUUCCCAACACUGUACAGGUUCUUGCCCAGACUUGAUAAUGAGCAGGAAUGAAGUGCCGGAACAAAAUAGAGUCCACAGAGAAGCUUCAUCUAGGCCUCGGUCACCCAUGAAGACUCACCAGACACUCUGCUUAUCCCUCUCAUCAGACAAUGCCAGGCAAUACAGUGGCUUGGUCUCUCUGGAGAACCUUGAUACUCAGAUGAAACAAGUCCACAGUGGUGGGGCAGCCAGCAGCACUGGUUCCCUGGAACGGGCAUCCUUGUUUUGUGCUUCUGUACCCAGUUCCUCGUCCAAAUCCAUCCCCUCCAAGCCAACGGGAUCUCCAUCCAAGCCCAAGUCUUCCAACUCUUUGUUUUCUCCGUUGCUGCCAAAGGGCAGCUUUGAAUUCAAUCCUAAUCCAUCAUCUGUUUCUGGCUCCAAGAAGCGCCGCAAUGGGAGUCUCAAAUCCGGGGAGGCCAGUGACCCAAAGCCAAGGGAGCUGCAGGCAGGCUUCGGUUUCUUGGAACCGGUCAUCGCCAGGGUAACGGACUUCAUCUACGUGGGGAACCUCCGUGCGGCUUACAGUGGGCAGGCGCUGUGCAAGAACCAGAUUGACAGCAUCAUUGACGUGAGCAGCUUGCCUAGCGACUGCAGGCUGAGCUUCAUCCCUUGCACCUGCAGCCGAGGGCCCCAGCAUAGCUGGUCCCGCCUCAAGGUCCAGGGGCCUUUGGAGGAGGAGCGUCUUUCUCUGCAGCAGCCGUGCUUCUGGGACAUCAACCGGUGCCUUGAGGCCUCGCUGGAGAAAAGGAAGCGGGUUCUGAUUCACUGCAGGGAUGGCUACUCCCUGGCUCCUACCUGCGUCAUCCAGUACCUGAUGGUCAAGCACCACAUGAGGCUGCUGGCUGCUUAUGAGUUUGUCAGAGCAAGGUACCCAGUGAACAUCCAGGAGUGUCACCAAGACCUGCUGGUGGACCUAGAGAGAUCUCUGUGGCCUGGAGAGGUGGACAUGGAGUGCUCUAAACAAGCCAUGUCGAGGAAGAUGGCAUGGACUUAGGGUCAAGCUAGAUGGCAGCAGUUUCAUCUCACACGUGUAGAAAGGUGGGGAGGAAUGUGGUUCAUGGUGACUGAAGCUUCUCUCCUUGCCUGUCCCUCCUCUCCCAGCACCCUCCCAGUAUCUAGGAGAGGGAGCAGGUCUUGCAUUGUACACACUCCCUUCAUCCACCUCAUUUUUCCGCAGCAGGGAUGGCUCAACUUUUUCCGCUGCAUUCGCUCUUGGCUAGCCUUUCAGGGGCCAUGCCCUGGUGGAGGGCUUGAGGAAAGCAGAAAUGGUGUCUCCAAAGUGGGCAUGAUCAUCCUGGGCCCACUGUUUCCUACCCUUUCUCAGUUCUUUCACACCUUUUCUUCCAUGUACACAGCCACGCACACACUACACAUCCCUGUCACAGUGUUGAACUUCCCCGGGAAGAUUUAAAUCUCUCCACCACGUCCAGUGCUGCAGUGUUGAGGGCUAUUGCUGUCUCUCCUAAAAAGGGCCCAACCUCUGAAGACCAUAGGCAGUGGUUCCCCCCCCCCUUGCAGCAUUGCACUGGGGGAGGAAAGCAACCACUUGAAAGGGCUUGGCAGGCAUGAUUUGGCCCAUGGGUUUACCACCCUUGUUCUACAGCAAGUUCCUGGUUUCAGCUCAUGGGACUGCAGUAGCCAUGCCUACUUUGGAUCUUAGGAUACAGUAAAUAACCAAAUACCAUAAGAAAGCAUGUGAGCGCUCAAAGCCAGUCAGAAGGCCUAAGGAUGCCAUUACAACGUUUCUGUUAUGAAGAAGCUGCCUUAUAUUGAGCUGCCUUAAACCAUCCUCCCCCAGUAGAUCCUUUUGCAGCCCAUCUAACUCCUUCAUUGGAAGAUGCCAAGGACUAAGUUUAUGUAUGCAAGUAUCUGCUUUGUCACUGAGCUGUGGACCAGGGCUAUGUUUGCUCUAAAAAUACUUUGCAGGGUGUGGGUGGGUGUCUUUUUUAAACUUGAUUUGGCCAGUAAUGAA